AUGGCGGACGAUCUCAAAGUUGAGGGAACGCCAGGGUUCAAGGUUGGUGAGAAGAAGACAAUCGAUGAGUACCAGAAACUAGAUCAGGAAGAUGAGGCUCUCAAUCGAUGGAAGGCAUCUCUUGGUCUCGGUCAAGGUCAAACCGUCGCCGAUCCCAAUGAUCCCCGAUUAUGCGUGAUCAAGUCACUGGCUCUUGAGGUGGCGGGACGACCAGACAUCACCAUUGACCUCUCCGCCCCUGGCGCCGUUGAGUCUCUCAGAUCGAAACCUUUCACCAUCAAGGAAGGAUGCACGUACGAAAUGAAGGCGUCCUUCGUGGUACAGCACCAAGUCCUCUCAGGCCUGAAGUACGUCCAGCAGCUCAAGCGCAAGGGCAUUCCUCUAGGCAAGGAUCAGGAGAUGAUCGGCAGCUACUCUCCCAACACGACAGAUCGUCCGACCUACACCAAGAAAUUCGCUCCGGAAGAGGCUCCUAAAGGCAUGAUGGCUCGAGGUCACUACGAGGCGGUCUCAAAGUUCAUUGACGACGACAACACCGAGCAUCUCAAGUUCGAGUGGAGUUUUGACAUUGCAAAGGACUGGAAAUGA